AUGGAGGCUCUGAAACAAGCAUGUGAGGAACUCUGUCGUGCGGGCGAGACCGCGCCACACGGAGAAACGAACGAGAUGGAGAUCAUAAAACAACUACGGGAGUCAGAGGACAACAUCGAACUCAACGAGCGCGCACCAACGAUUUCGGAAAAUAUGCAGGCCUAUCACGAAUCAUUGGAACAACAACAACAAGUCCACACAGAGGAAUUCGCGCGACAGCGCGCUCUGAAAAGGAUGCGAAGUCGUUUGGGCAGUGACAAAUUCGCACGCACAUCAUCGGAGGGCACCGGGGAGUCAGACAUGAGCAAAGAGGAAAGGCAACUGCGUCUUAGAGGCCUUGGAAUCACAGAAAAAAGAAGAGCCAGCAAAGCAGAAAGCGGAGAUAAACGCCAAAACGGUGGACAUCGACCAUGA